CAGUUUUUCUUCCCAAACCUGCUUUCCCGCCGCGAACUACAACUCCCAGGAGCCCUUACAAGUCCGGUGGUGCGGGCCAGGCUGGGGGCGGGGCUGGGCGAGGCUCUGCAUCCCUCUGCCCGAGAGUGCUGCUGUUGCCUCAGAGUUUGGGCAAAACAAAACAGAGAGUUGGAUCCAGAGGAACUUCCCCCAUUGGAUGUAUUUUCUAUUAUGAAGUAAUAAUUACAAUGGAUGUGCUUUAUAUUUCAAAAAAUUAAUCCACUUCAUGCCACUUUAUGCCUACAUUAAGCAACAUUACUUCUCUGCCGACAUGGUGACAGAACUCCUGUUUCAUCUUUUCCCACCAAUCCAGUCCAGCAAGCUGAUUGGCCACAGGGAUUUGGACAACUCACCACAAAUGGAAUAAGGGAGCAUUAUCUGCUUGGGAAAUACUUCAGGAUCAGAUAUAAGAAAUUCUUAAGUAAACGAUACAACCAAAAGGAGAUUUAUGUUCGAAGCACAGAUUAUGAUCGAACCAUUAUGAGUGCUCAAGCCAUCCUGGCUGGUCUCUUUCCACCUCGUGAUGAACAGCUCUGGAAUCCAAAGAUUCUUUGGCAACCUAUUCCAGUUCAUACUGUGCCUGUUCAAGACGAAAAGUUGUUACACUUUCCUAUGCCUGGCUGCAAGCGGUUUUACCAGCUGCUAAAGGAAACCAUGGGAUCAACAGAAGUCCAGAGUACUCUGAAAUCUCAGAUGGAAUUUCUAGGUCAAAUGGCAAAGAACAUGGGAUAUGAUGUGAAGUCUCUUAUGGAUUUUAACAAUCACAAACUGUGGAAUGCCUAUGAUACUUUACUUGUUCAGAAAAUUCAUCGAAAGCAGCUACCAUCCUGGGCCAAUGAGGAUUCAAUUGCUAGGCUGAAAUUCCUGAUGGAGUAUGCCGUAACUGCAAUAUUUGGGAUACACAAACAAGAAGAGAAAUCACGAUUACAAGGAGGAAACCUUGUGAAAGCUAUUUUGGACAAGAUCACAAAAGCUUCCCAAUCCAACGACGAGCCAAAAAUGGUCAUGUAUUCAGCACACGAUAUCACAAUAAUAGCCCUACAGAUUGCACUCGGUGUUUUCAAUCGGAAACUACCUCCUUACAGCUCUUGCCAGUUUUUUGAACUAUAUAAAGAAGGCUCCGGGCACACCAUUGAGAUGUACUAUCGAAACAGCACUUACGAACAACCCCACCAACUUGUUUUGCCAAGCUGCACAGCAUCUUGUCCACUUGAGAAGUUUAAAGAUUUGGUUUCUCCUAUCAUAACAAAUGAUUGGGCAGGAGACUGUAAUAAAUGAGAAUGAAAACUAAGGUCAAAGAAAGGGCAAAGCAGCAAGUCAACAUCUUAAUUGGAAGGAAAGGGGAUGGCAAAUGCAUUGUAAGACACCAGGAAUGCAAGAUGACUGCUAAAGAUUUCACAUGGUCCUUGGCAUCAAGCUUUUCCUCUUCCUCAUAAUUAUUUCUAAUCAAAUAAAAAUACAGAA